AAGACUCCAAUGCGCGUCAUCUUUCAAAGUCAAAACGUCGAGAACCAAUCCGAUUCAUCGAUCGAGCCUUGAAGGUUUUUGGGAGAAAACAAUCAAACCGGGGCAUAUUCGCCUUCUCGUGUUUAAUUUUAUGGGAAUACAUCAACGGCUCAGACAAGCCCAGUUCUUGUUCAUCUUCAAACACUUUUUAAGUUACAGACUUGUUUGAGUAUAUGGGUAUAUUUGCUCUAGUGUCACAAAUCACAAGUUGUUAAAGGUCUGAAUUGCGUUACCAGCUGUCUGUUUCUCUUCUCUGAAUCAUAUUCAGUUCUCUUUAUGUUUCAAAGCCUUUGCUUUUUGUUUCCUAUGUUGUAGCUGAGACUUUAUGGUAGCUUAACCUUUUCAUCCUCUUAGGUGUGUUAAAUAUUUAAACUUGGGAAACUUAUCAUAAAAAUUUAAACUAGGGAAGGUUUUGGUUUCUCGGUAUUGUCCCUGAAUAAUUUUCUUCAAGAGGACUGCGUUCAUUCGUCAGAUUUUCUCUUGAAGAUAGUAAAUUGUGUAGUUUUUGUUUUUGUUUUGUGUUUAUUUAUUUAUUUGUUUAUUUUUUUUGCACUAGCAUCGACUAAUGGCCGGUGGUGCAAGGAAAAAGUUGCGUUUGAGUAAAAUCUAUGCAUAUGCAUGUGGGAAGGCAUCUUUGCAAGAAGAUCUUUCUCAGAUAGGGGGACCAGGAUUCUCAAGAGUAGUGGACUGUAAUAAGCCUGAUUGUCUUGAGGCUGAAGAGAGAAAAUACUGCAGUAAUUAUGUUAGGACUACUAAGUAUACAAUUGCCACAUUCUUGCCUAAAUCAUUGUUUGAGCAGUUCAGGAGAGUUGCCAAUUUUUACUUCUUGGUUGCUGGUAUAUUGGCUUUCACUCCACUUGCUCCUUACGCGGCUGUAAGUGCUGUUAUUCCCCUAACUAUUGUGAUUGGAGCAACAAUGGUGAAAGAGGGUAUUGAAGAUUGGCAGCGAACCAAACAGGACAUUGAAGUAAAUAAUAGAAAGGUUAAAGUUCAUCAAAGUGAUGGAACUUUUGCUUAUACUAAAUGGAGUACAUUGAGAGUGGGAGAUAUAGUGAAGGUAGAGAAGGAUGAAUUCUUUCCAGCAGACCUCGUGUUGCUUUCAUCUAGUUAUGAAGAUGCAGUCUGCUAUGUUGGGACCAUGAAUCUUGAUGGAGAGACGAAUUUGAAACUAAAACAAGCAUUGGAGGUAACUUCAUUCUUACAAGAGGACUCUGACUUCCGGGAUUUCAAGGCCAUCAUUAAAUGUGAAGACCCAAAUGCAAACUUGUACUCCUUUGUUGGGACGAUGGAAUUUGAAGAGCAGCAACAUCCCCUUUCUCCUCAACAGUUCCUCCUUAGAGACUCAAAACUCAGGAAUACAGACUACAUAUAUGGUGUUGUUAUCUUCACUGGUCAUGAUACAAAGGUUAUGCAAAAUGCUACCGAUCCCCCUUCAAAGCGAAGCAAAAUUGAGAAGAAGAUGGAUCGAGUCAUCUACUUCAUGUUUUGUGUUGUGUUUUUGGUGGCUUUACUUGGUUCUGUUUUCUUUGGCAUUGCAACUGAUGAAGACCUGGAAGGACAGCAGAUGAAAAGGUGGUAUCUUAGGCCUGAUCGUUCUACUAUUUUCUUCGACCCUAAAAGAGUAACAUAUGCAUCUAUUUAUCACUUUUUGACAGUCCUAAUGUUGUAUAGUUAUUUCAUUCCAAUCUCCUUGUAUGUGUCCAUAGAAGUUGUCAAAGUUCUUCAGUGCAUCUUUAUAAAUCAAGACAUUCAAAUGUACCAUGAGGAGUCGGACAAACCAGCACAUGCACGUACCUCAAAUUUGAAUGAGGAGCUUGGCCAAGUUGAUACUAUACUUUCUGAUAAGACUGGAACGUUGACCUGCAAUUCAAUGGAGUUCAUCAAGUGUUCUGUAGCUGGAACAGCUUAUGGCCAUGGUGUUACAGAGGUUGAGAAAGCUAUGGAUAGAAAAGAAGGUUCACGAUUCUUUAGUGGAAAGUUAAAUGGUGUGAACUACUUGGAGGAUUCUACUGGGUCGAAAUCGUCCAUUAAAGGCUUCAAUUUCAAAGAUGAAAGGAUAAUGAAUGGGAACUGGGUUAGUCAGCCUCAUUCAGAUGUUAUCCAGAAGUUUUUUCUUUUAUUGGCAGUUUGCCAUACUGCCAUACCUGAAGUGAAUGAAAGCACUGGUAAGGUUUCAUACGAAGCUGAAUCACCAGAUGAAGCAGCAUUUGUGGUUGCAGCAAGAGAAUUUGGAUUUGAAUUUUACAAAAGGACGCAGACAAGUGUCUCAGUGCGUGAGUUGGAUCCAGUUUCUGGCAAGAAAGUUGACAGGUUGUAUAAGCUGUUGAAUGUUUUAGAAUUUAACAGCACAAGAAAGCGGAUGUCUGUGAUAGUAAGGGAUGAGGAGGGAAAGCUACUAUUACUUUCUAAAGGUGCUGACAGUGUCAUGUUUGAGAGGCUUGCCAAAAAUGGUAGCAGUUUUGAGGAUGAGACUAGGGACCAUGUGAAUGAAUAUGCUGAUGCAGGACUAAGAACACUGAUUCUUGCAUAUCGUGAACUUGAUGAUGAAGAAUACAAAACGUUCGAUCAGAAGUUCAGGGAGGCCAAGAAUUCAGUUAGUGCAAAUCGUGAAACAUUGCUUGAUGAAGUAACAGAGAAGGUUGAGAAGGAUCUAGUUCUUCUUGGUGCAACAGCGGUAGAGGACAAACUCCAAAAUGGGGUCCCAGACUGCAUUGACAAGCUUGCUCAAGCUGGAAUCAAGCUCUGGGUUUUGACUGGAGACAAGAUGGAGACUGCUAUCAAUAUUGGCUAUGCUUGUAGUUUGCUUAGACAAGGAAUGAAGCAGAUCAUAAUUAAUUUGGAAAUUCCAGAAAUCAAAGCUUUGGAAAAAGCAGGAGAAAAAUCUGUACUCACCAAGGCAUCAAAGCAAAGUGUUCUCCAUCAGAUAACUGAAGGGAUGGGUCAGUUCACUGCCUCAGGUGGCAGCUCUCAUGCAUUUGCAUUGAUCAUUGAUGGGAAAUCUCUGACUUAUGCCCUUGAGGAUGAUGUGAAAAAUAUGUUCUUGGAACUUGCAAUUGGUUGUGCAUCCGUUAUUUGCUGUCGUUCAUCACCAAGACAGAAGGCACUGGUUACAAGAUUAGUUAAAACUGGUACUGGAAAAGUUACUUUAGCUAUUGGCGAUGGUGCUAAUGAUGUGGGAAUGCUUCAAGAAGCAGAUGUUGGAGUUGGAAUCAGUGGUGUUGAAGGAAUGCAGGCUGUCAUGUCAAGCGAUGUUGCCAUAGCUCAGUUCCGAUAUCUGGAGCGCUUGCUACUUAUACAUGGACAUUGGUGUUAUAGAAGGCUCUCAACAAUGAUUUGCUAUUUCUUCUACAAGAACAUCGUAUUUGGUUUCUCUCUGUUCUUAUAUGAGGCACACACAUCAUUCUCAGGGCAACCUGCGUACAAUGAUUGGUUUUUGUCACUUUAUAAUGUGCUGUUCUCUUCAUGUCCGGUGACUAUUAUGGGUAUUUUUGAGCAAGAUGUAUCGGCAGCAUCUUGUGUUAAGUUCCCUGUAUUAUACCAAGAAGGGGUGCAAAAUGUGCUCUUUAGCUGGAGGAGGAUAAUUGGCUGGAUGUUAAAUGGGGUUCUCAGUGGCACAAUGAUUUUCUUCUUCUGCGCAAAAGCACUACAGCGUCAGGCCUUUAAUAGUGAUGGAAACACAGCUGGAAGAGAUAUUUUUGGUAUUACUAUGUAUACAUGCAUCGUAUGGGCUGUGAACCUGCAGUGGGCUAUGGCGAUGAAAUACUUCACCAUUUUCCAUCAUCUUGCCAUGUGGGCUUCUAUUGUUCUCUGGUACUUUUUCAUGUUUGUGUAUGGGAACUUAUCUCCAAUUCGAUCUACCAAUGCCUACAAAGUCUUCGUUGAAGCGCUUGCACCUACUCCUUCUUACUGGCUUGUCACACUUUUUGUGGUGACAGUGUCCUUAAUCCCUUACUUCAUUUAUGUAGCUGUUCAGACAAGGUUCUUUCCCAUGUAUCAUGAAAUGAUAGAGUGGAUAAGGAAUGAUGGAAAGACAAAUGACCCUCAGUACUGUGAGAUGGUGAGGCAGAGAUCACUGCGGCCAACAACUGUAGGUUUUACAGCACGUAUAGCAGAAAGAACUAGUCACACUAGGGAUGGAAAUAAAAAAGAAACAAGUCAUGAAAGCAGCACACAAACCAGGCAUCAAGUAUGAUACUUUUUGAAUGCGGCAGAACCUGUCAACGAAAUAGAGUUGUAUAGAUCUGCCCAAAAUGUUUAUACUGUAAAAUAGGGGACGGGAUUCUUGCUACUAGAAAGUAUUCCCUGUCAGAACGCAAUACAGCUAUUCAGAGGCUGUAUGUAGCUGUAGCAUAUCUUGAACAGGUAGAUUAAUUCCUUACAUAUCUACAAAUUUGGUUUAACUUA